AAGGUCAAGGGGAGCAAAAGCAACCCACGUUUUAGAAAACAAACUACUGUUGGGCGUGAAUAUGUCUCAAUAGAUGUAACCUAAUACAAUUUUUCAAGACAUCGGGAUGUUACUAACAUAAUGGCAACUCCAGCUAUCCGGAUGUUUCGGAGGUUAGAGGGUCUGUUUUGUGUAUACAAACCCUCUGGCGUCCACUGGAAACUCGUAAGGGACAGCAUCGAGGCAAAUCUUCUGAAAGGUUUAAAUGCUACACCCCCACUGCCACUUCCUCAGGAGGUCCGCUUCUUGGCGCACCCAGCCAGUGAGACUGAAGCACCCAAGGGACUCACGCUGUCUGCAGUCUCUGUGCCAGUGCUGUCCAAGCAUCCUCUGGUGACUGGGCCUGAAUUCCAGCAUAUUAGAGUUGGAGUAGGACAUCGUCUGGAUGCAGCCUCUUCUGGUGUUCUAGUUCUUGGUGUUGGGAAUGGAAACCGGGUCCUGAAUGAUCUCUACAGAACACGAGUCACAAGGGAUUACACAUUGGAGGGUGAAUUUGGGACUGCAACAGAUGAUUUCUCUCACACAGGCAAAGUUGUGGAAAGGUCCACAUACGGUCACAUCACACAGGAUAAGCUCGACAGAGUCUUGGCGAUGCUGCAGGGAGUCAAUCAGAAGGCCUUGUUAAUGUACUCCAAUGUAGACAUGCAGUCACAGGAAGCCUAUGAGAUGGCUGCACAAGGUUUACUGGGUCCAGAGGGGAAAUCACAGCCUGUUUUGACAGGCUUGCGUUGCAUUCACUUCCAGCCUCCCAGCUUCACUUUAGAGGUGCAGUGUCUGAAUGAAACUCAGAAAUAUUUGCGCAAAGUUGUGCACGAGAUUGGACUGGAGCUGCGCAGCACGGCAGUGUGUAAAGGAGUUAGACGGACGAGAGAGGGCCUCUUCACGCUGCAGGAUGCCCUGACCCGCCACCACUGGACUGCUUCUGAUGUUAUGGUGGCCAUCAGGCAAUACCACUCCAAAAAGAAAAAAAAAUAUUCCCACACACAGAUAAAGGACCCAGCAUUGCCCCCACCAGAAGAGAAGACAAUGACACCUAGUCGACAAACUGAAAGUAGUGAUGAAGCUGCAGCGGUAGGAGUUAAAUAACUUGUUGCUCUGACCAACAGUUAAUGCAAGUCAUUGUGAUCCAAAACACUUUCCCAAAAAAAACUGCUUUAUAGUGACCAGCGGUGCUGGUUUCUAAAAGCAAAGUAUCAAAUUGGACACAAAUGAGCCAUAUGUCAUAUGAAUGUUCCCGUGUUUUCACCUUUGUUAAAUGUUGUGCAGAUAUUAACUUAUUCCCCAAAACCUUGAAAUAAAUGGUUUAUUUUUAUCAUUAAAUAAAUUGAAAACUUUGAAGAUUUCUGUUGUUUGGUUGUGCUACCAUCUGAGAAUUAGACCUUAUUUCAGUGUCACAAUAUAGAACGGUACCUGCACCCUUUAACCCAUUUGAAAGGUUUUUGGUAACAAUUUAUUUGACAGGUCUUUGAUUUACUCGUAACUUUUUAGGGAGAUUUACUGGAAAGAACUUUGUAAUGUGGCACUUAAAUAUUCAUCAAACAUUUAUUCUUAUAAAUGCUGAAUUGAGUGCUUAUCUGUGGACAGAUUUGAUCCUUUGUUUCACUGACCUGCUGUGUCCUGACUAAAGGUCUCAGGGUUACAGCAGCAGUUACUUGUAAUUAAUUAAUCGGAAGUUUCCAAAUUAAACGCUAUAUAUUUCCCCUGCAGCUAGUACCAAAUUACAUUGAUUUUCCCAGUGAAUUUCUGUGAAAUAAUUUGGAAAGUAUUCUGAAAUUAUGAACUCGUACGGAAUUACAACGUUUACAUGUUCCAGCCUAAAACUGAAUUAUCUUAAUUACUGAGGGCAAGAGGAAUAAUUCUCUCGUAACUUUAGCCAGUGAAGUCAGAGCCAGUCACUAAUAUCAGAUUUGUUGUAGUUGUCUGUGUCUUCUGAUGAUGUUGGAAGAUGCUGUGUCAGCGUUUCUGUUUCCCACAAAAGCUCCUUUGAGAUGUUAUGAGGUUAUUGCAGUGACGCCGAUGUCGUGCUCUUCAUACCAGUGAAGGACUUGUUGUUCCAGUGGGAACACUGAUGUCUUUGUCAGUCAGGAAACACAACCUCAAUGAGGACACAAAUGAACUCUG